AUGUUUAAUCAAGAUGAUUCCAAUGCAAUUUACAGAUUUAUUGUUGAUGACGACGCAGAAUCAUUAGCUUCGAUCCUUUCAAAUUACGAAAAUCCUAAUUUGAUGCUGCAGGAACCAACUGAUUACAAAUAUCCCAGGAUAAUAGCUAAUUCACCUUGUCCAAUUCAUGUUGCUGCAUUUUUUGGAUCUGAAAAUUGUUACGAUUCUCUCUUAAAUUAUGGUGCAGAUGAAAAAAUUAAAUAUUUAAAUACAUGGGAAGUGCGCCAUUUUGCUGCAAUUGGAGGACAAUUAUCUAUUCUGCGCAGAUUCUCAGAUAUUGAUGACUAUUCUAUGAUAUAUGCAAUUCGAUAUGGAAAUCUUGAUUGUGUAAAAUUCAUUUGGUCAAAAGGCAUUGAUUUUUCAAGUGAUUAUGCCUUUGUUCAUGAAGCUUGUGAAUCUAAAUCCCUCGAGAUUGUUCAAUUUAUUUAUGAACAAUGUCCAGAUUUUGUAAAAAUUGCUAGCAGAUAUUAUGGUGAUGAAAAUGCUCUAAUGCGUGCAGCAAAGAGCGGAUGCGUUGAUAUUGUCAACUUUCUUCUCAAGUUAGGUUUAAGAGACAACAUAACUUCUGGAACUGGUCUUACAGCGAUUUAUCUUGCAGCUAGAGUUGGAUCUCUUUCAUGCGUUAAAGCUCUCGUUGAGUCAGGAUCUCGUUUCAAGCGUCGUCGCAGGAAGUAUAACUGUUUCGUUGAAGCAGCAACUCAAGGACAUUUAGAUAUCGUUAAGUACCUUCUCGACAAAGGAAUUGAUAUCAAUAUAACGACAAGUGAUGGAUAUGACGCACUAACAUGCGCAAUUGAAAAAGGAAGAUAUUCUGUUGUUAAGUACUUACUAAUGAAAGGAGCAAAGAAAACAAUAGAUAUUAAGGAAUUCGCUCUGGCUACUCCAGAAAUAUAUGAUCUCUUCAUAAAUCAUUUUGGAAAGAUAGAUCCGAUUUCAGUAUUUGAGAAAUUAGCCUCCAAUGAUUUCAAAAAUAUUAAUUUAACAAAGCAUUUAUUUGAGAAUUACAUAAAUUUGGAUGAUCUACCACUUGAUUUGAUCUCAAAAAUAUUUUACUGCGAUAAAUUCCUAAAUCGAAAAAUUCUCAAGGAAAUUUGGAAUACGAAAGGAUUUUUAACUUGCAAUCAAAAUAACCCUUUCCUAUUUUGCAGGGACAGCCAGCAGUUUGUUUUUCUUUUCAAUUGCGGAUUCAAGCUUCCAAAGGAUUGCAAAUUGAAAGAUCAUAUAAUAGAGGACGCUUUAACUGAUUACCGCUACACAAAUUCUAAACUCAUAGACUUUGUUGAAGACAUUGGAUCACUCGAUAUCCAGUAUAUCGUUUUCAGACUUGUCAAAAAUUACAACGAAAACGAUGAUCGAAUCAAUGAGCUUAAUAGCAUUAUAUUUGAAAGAUUAAGACAAGCAGGUCCGAUUAAGUAUUCUCUGUCUCCAAUUCUAUUUGGUUACAGAUUGAUUGGAACAUCUAAUUUCCUCAGAUAUCCAUAUUUUUGUGAGAUUUUUGAUCAAAUGGAUAAUAGGACCAGAUAUGAAAUUUUCACUAGAGAUUUAAUUUUUUCAGCAAAAUAUUUGGACAAAUAUGAACAUAUGUUAAAGAGAGGUUUCAGUUUUUCCUCUGGGAAAUAUGAAGAAAAUGUUCUUCACCUUUUGAUGAGAUAUUCAAAAUUGGAUUCAGUUGCUGAGUAUAAGCAAAUUGCUGAAUUCUUCAUCAAAGCUGGUUGCAAUAUCAAUCAGACGAAUCGAAGUGGAGAACCCCCAUUAUUUUAUACUAACAAUCCAAAUGCAAUACAAGCUAUCCUAGAGCUCGGAGCAGAUCCAAAUAUUCAAAAUUUUUCAGGUUAUAGUGCGCUCCAUCUUGCAUGCCAAUUUAAAAAAUUGUACUUAGUGAAGCUACUUCUUGAUUAUGGAGCAGAUCCAAAUAAAAAGACAAAAAGAGGAUUAUCACCUCUUGCUAUUGCCAUAAGCAAUAACCAAUCAGAUAUUGCAUUUUACUUAAUACAGCACGGUGCAAAAAUAAGCGAAUUUCCUGGAGGUAGUGAAAACUGCCUUGAGGAAGCAAAAAUGCUUUAUACUCGCGAUUUAAAUUUCAAAAAAGAAUUAAUUGAUUUGAUAUCUUCAAAUCUUUAG